AUGCUGACAGAUGUCCCAUGGUCUGCUUCCAGUCGAGCAAAAUUGGCCUUGAGCACCAGUUCCCCUCAUCAUGCUCCCGCCGUCACCCAGCAUGCACCCUAUUUUAAGGGCACAGCCAUUGUCCAUGGAGAGUUCAAAGAACUAAGCCUUGAUGACUUUAAGGGGAACUAUUUGGUGCUCUUCUUCCAUCCUCUGGAUUUCACCUUUGUGUGUCCCCCAGAAAUGAUUGCUUUCCGUGGCAAAGCCAGUGCGUUUCAUGAUGCGAACUGGGAAGUUGUCGCUGUUUCCGGGGAUUCCCACCUCAGCCAUUCUCGCCUGGAUCACAGACCGAGGAAGAAGGGCGGUUUGGGCCACAUGAACAUCGCACGUUUGUCAGAUUGGACUCAGCGGAUCUCCCGAGACUGCGGUACUGCGGUGCUGCGAGAAGGCCCUGGUCUUGCACUGAGAGGUCUCUUCGUCAUGGACCCCAAUGGAGUCAGCAAGCAUGUGAGUGUCAGUGACCUCCCAAUGGGCCGAAGCGUGGGAGAGACCCUCUGCCUGGUGAAAGCAUCGCAGUUUGUGGAAGUCCCUGGAGAAGUCUGCCCGGCAAAUUGA